GAAAAAGAAGAGGGAAAAAUUAAAAACCCGCUGCUUCCAUGAACCGCAUCAGCCUCUCGGUUUAUAAAAAUAAAAGCGCGUUAUUGUGUCUGGCUCUGAGGAUUUAAAACCCUGAGGUGGUGAAGAAAGCGGACAUGGUGGAUAAGAACAUGAGCGAUCAGAUGCGGGCGGAGAGAGACGCUCUGGCCCCCAGUAAAAGCCCCUUCAUCAUGCGGCUCUAUUACUCCCUGCAGACGGCCAACAAGAUUUAUUUGCUGUGUGAGGACAUGAAAACCAAGACAUCAACGGCUGGAGGGACGUCAGAGGUCCAUGUGAAGAAAGAGGAGACACUGGAGCCGAAAAUCUACAACCAUAGAGACGAUCUCGACAACCCACCUGAAGGUCUCUCUGUUAAAGUGGACGAUCCUGACAAUAAAGACUACCUCUACUGCGAAUUUUGCAAAUCCUUCUUCCUCAACAAAUGUGAGGUUCAUGGACCGCCCCUCUGCAUCCCAGAUACUUCUGUUCCCAUGGGAGUUCCUGACCGAGCCAGACAAACUCUUCCUCCUGGGCUAGAAAUCCAGAAGUCUAGUAUUCCUGAUGCAGGCCUGGGAGUGUUUAAUAAUGGGCAGACUGUUCCAGUAGGUGCACACUUCGGCCCCUGCCAGGGAGAGCUGGUGAACAGAGAGGAAGCCAGGAACAGUGGAGACUCCUCGGUUGUGUGUGAAGACAUGAACACAGAGACAUCCAAAGAUGGAGGGACGUCAGAAGUCCAUGUGAAGAAAGAGGAGACGCUGGAGCUGAAUAUCUCCAACCAUGGAGACGACCUUGACAACCCACCUGAAUGUCUUUCCAUUAACAUGGAAGAUCAUGACAAUAAAGACCACCUCUACUGUGAAGUUUGCAAAUCCUUCUUCUUCAACAAAUGUGAGGUUCAUGGACUGCCCCUCUUCAUCUCAGAUACUCCUGUUCCCAUGGGAGUCUCUGACCGAGCCAGACAAACUCUUCCUCCUGGGCUAGAAAUCAAGAAGUCCAGUAUUCCUGACGCAGGCCUGGGAGUGUUUAAUAAGGGGGAGAUGAUUCCAGUAGGUGCACACUUUGGACCCUACCAGGGAGAGCUGGUGAACCGAGAGGAAGCCAGGAAAAGUGGAGACUCCUGGGUUAUAUACAGGAGCAUGCAGUGUGAAAAAUACAUCGACACCAAAAGAGAGAUGCAUGUGAAUUGGAUGAGGUAUGUGAAUUGUGCCCAUAAUAAUAAAGAACAGAAUCUUGUGGCAUUUGAGUAUCGAGGGGGAAUUCUGUAUCGUUGCUGUCGACCCAUUAACCCAGGACAGGAGCUCUUGGUGUGGUAUGAAGAGGAGGGCACCAAAGAACUCAGUCCUGCACCUACAGGAACAACCAGACAGAAAGAAGUAAAGAACACUUUGCUGCAAGUCUUUUCCUGCUCCACAUGUCCUCGUUCCUGUGCAUCUCAAAUUUACCUUGACCAGCGCAUCCAGAGAUACCAUGAUGAAGAGUCUGUGAGACUUCAGGAAUCAAGAGAGAUUAAAUAUGAACUUCAAAUCCCCUCCAAAUGCUCCAGUAGUCAGCCAACAUCAACUGAUGCUUUCAGUUCUGACACUUCUCAUAAUGAUGUAGAGAAGGAAAUUCACCACAGCUCAGACUGUGGAAAAAGUUUUAGUCAUCAGAAUGCACUCAAAUGGAACCAGUGCAGUCACAAAGGAGUAAAGCCACAUGACUGCUCACAGUGUGGGAAGAGUUUUACUGAACAGAGUACUCUCCAACGACACCAGCGCAUUCACACAGGAGAGAAGCCGUAUCACUGUUCACAGUGUGGGAAGAGUUUUACUCGUAAGAGUCAUCUCCAACAACACCAGCGCAUUCACACAGGAGAGAAGCCGUAUCACUGCUCACAGUGUGGGAAGAGUUUUACUCAUCAGAGUGCUCUCCAACAACACCAGCGCAUUCACACAGGAGAGAAGCCGUAUCACUGCUCACAGUGUGGGAAGAGUUUUACUCAUCAGAGUGCUCUCCAAACACACCAGAGCAUUCACACAGGAGAGAAGCCGUAUCACUGCUCACAGUGUGGGAAGAGUUUUACUCAUCAGAGUGCUCUCCAAAUACACCAGCGCAUUCACACAGGAGAGAAGCCGCAUCACUGCUCACAGUGUGGAAAGAGUUUUACUCAGCAGAGUACUCUCCAACAACACCAGCGCAUUCACACAGGAGAGAAGCCGCAUCACUGCUCACAGUGUGGAAAGAGUUUUACUCAUCAGAGAGAUCUCCAACGACACCAACGCAUUCACACAGGAGAGAGGCCGUAUCACUGCUCACAGUGUGGGAAGAGUUUUACUCGUCAGAGUCAUCUCCAACGACACCAACGCAUUCACACAGGAGAGAAGCCGUAUCCCUGCUCACAGUGUGGGAAGAGUUUUACUCAUCAGAGUGAUCUCCAACGACACCAGCGCAUUCACACAGGAGAGAAACCGUAUCACUGCUCACAGUGUGGGAAGAGUUUUGCUCAUCAGAGUGAUCUCCAACGACACCAGCGCAUUCACACAGGAGAGAAGCCGUAUCACUGCUCACAGUGUGGGAAGAGUUUUACUCAUCAGAGUGAUCUCCAAAAACACCAGCGCAUUCACACAGGAGUGAAGCCAUAUCACUGCUCACAGUGUGAGAAGAGUUUUACUCAUCAGAGUGCUCUCCAAACACACCAGCGCAUUCACACAGGAGUGAAGCCGUAUCACUGCUCACAGUGUGGGAAGAGUUUUACUCAUCAGAGUGAUCUCCAAAAACACCAGCGCAUUCACACAGGAGUGAAGCCAUAUCACUGCUCACAGUGUGGGAAGAGUUUUACUCAGCAGAGUAAUCUCCAACUACACCAGCGCAUUCACACAGGAGAGAAGCCGUAUCACUGCUCACAGUGUGGGAAGAGUUUUACUUAUUCAGGUACAUUUAAAACCCACAAGUGCAAUAACUCCGAGACAUUGCAUGCUUUAAAGUUGUCAAAUUAAAUGGUUUUUAUUCAUGCUUUUGCUGAAAAUGUCCUGUACUUUGAUCCUAAUUGUUCAUAUUAAAGGACUACAUAUUUUAAAACAAUCUUAGUGAU